UGGCUGAGACCGCACCUGGCAGGUGGAAAUAAAAAAUCAGAGCAGCGGCUAAGAUGAUGAGACAAUAUCUAUUAUUGGUGCUGAGCUGUCUUGCAAUUGUUGGGCUUGUAUGCGCCCAGAUAGGCACGCCUCGCAAGUGCGGACCGAAUGAGUCGUAUUUGGCCUGCGGCCCCAGCUGCCAGACCGAGUGCGACACCCUGGGCCAGCCGUGCCUGAUCAGGCACAUACGCUGUCCGGAUGGCUGCUACUGCAACAAGGGCUACGCGCGCAAUCCACUGGGACGAUGCAUACCCCUGGCGAACUGCAAAGAGUGACUUCUGGUGUCUCCCCCCAAAACAACAGAGUGCUAGUUGUAUAAACAAAGAAGAAGAAUCAACAGAUUAACAACUUGAACGAGUUUUUGUUUAUUCUUAGUGCUUUAUUUGACUUAAAACAGUGCUCGAUUGAAUGUGAACAGCGGGGACAAACACAAGACAAGUCUCAGACCCAAAAAAUAAUGAAAAUCAAUAAUAAAUAAAUAUGUUAAAUUUAAAUCAAAGCCAAUAAACAAUUUUGUACUAAUAUGCCGAACUGGUUGAAAAGUAUUUCAACAAAAGAAUAACGUCCAUUAGAAAGAAAUUAUAAGCAACAGCUAAUCAAAGUGUUUCCGGGUUUUCAGUCUUUUUUCUGUUUAAUAAUAAGUAUGGAUAGAGUAUAUUUAAAUUCAACCCAUUGUAUGUCAAUAAAUAAAUGAAAUCAAGGAGUUA